AUGCUCUAUAAAUGGCGACUGCACGCAACGUUUCAGUGCAUCCACCAAGUGUACACGCAUACACUAGCUACUACAUCUCACUUUCAGUCGCAACUGGCAAGUGAGUGUGGAGCGCUAGCAGCAAUGGCGGCCUCCUCAUGGCAAGUGGCCCUUCUCGCCGUCGCGCUCUGCGUGCUCCCCGCACUGCCGGCGGCGGGCGCGGCCCGGGCCUUCUUCAUCUUCGGCGACUCGCUGGUGGACAACGGCAACAACAACUACCUCAUGACGUCGGCGCGCGCCGACUCGUGGCCCUACGGUAUCGACACCCCGGACCACCGCGCCACGGGGAGGUUCUCCAACGGCAAGAACGUCGUCGACCUCAUCAGCGAGCAGAUAGGAUCCGUGCCGGUGCUGCCGUAUCUUAGCCCCGAGCUGGACGGCGAGAACCUGCUCGUCGGCGCCAACUUCGCCUCCGCCGGCAUCGGAAUCCUCAACGACACCGGCAUCCAGUUCGCCAACAUCAUCCGGAUCUCGAAGCAGCUGACCUACUUCGAGCAGUACAAGCACCGGCUGGCCAAGCUCUACGGCCCGGAGCGGGCGGCGCGGGUGGUCGGCGGCGCGCUGACGCUCAUCACGCUCGGCGGCAACGACUUCGUCAACAACUACUACCUGGUGCCCUACUCGGCCCGCUCCCGGGAGUUCUCCCUCCCCGACUACAUCAAGUACAUUUUGUCCGAGUACAAGCAGGUGCUCCGCCGCAUCCACGGCCUCGGCGCGCGCCGCAUCCUCGUCACCGGCGUCGGCCCCAUCGGCUGCGUGCCCGCCGAGCUCGCCAUGCACAGCCUCGACGGCAGCUGCGACCCCGAGCUGCAGCGCGCGUCCGAGGCCUACAACCCGCAGAUGGAGGCCAUGCUCCGCGACCUCAACGCCGAGGUCGGCAGCGGGAACGGCAACGGCGCGGUGUUCGUGGCAGUGAACACGCGCCGCGCGCACGACGACUUCAUCGCCGACCCCAAGGCGUACGGCUUCGUCACCGCCACCGAGGCCUGCUGCGGCCAGGGGCGGUUCAACGGCAUCGGCAUCUGCACCAUGGUGUCCAGCCUCUGCGCCAACCGCGACGAGUACGUGUUCUGGGACGCCUUCCACCCCACGGAGCGCGCCAACCGCCUCAUCGCGCAGAACUACCUCACCGGCUCCACCGACUACAUCUCCCCCAUGAACCUCUCCACCAUCCUCCAUCUCGACCGCCACCUCCACGACUAG